GCCACGAUGAUGGCGGCCGGGAAGCCGGAGGGCGGCGCGCCGGGGAAGCCCAGCCGGCGGCGCGCAGGAAAUAAGCAUUCAGCUUCUCUGAAGAAUGAAGAUGCUGCUCAAAGGAAAGCAGCUCUGGAAGCUGCUAUGAGAAAGAAGAUUGAAUUUGAGAAAAAAGCAUUGUGUAUUGUUGAGCAGCUCCUGGAAGAGAACAUUACUGAAGAGUUCCUUCUGAAUUCUGGAAAAUUUAUUACUCCAUCUCACUAUAAAGACAUUGUUGAUGAACGGUCUAUCAUCAAACUAUGUGGUUAUCCUCUAUGUCCAAAUAAACUGGAAAAUGUGCCAAAACAGAAAUACAGAAUUUCAACAAAAACGAACAGAGUUUAUGAUAUCACUGAAAGAAAGUGCUUUUGCAGCAACUUUUGCUAUAGAGCAUCUAAAUACUUUGAAGCUCAAAUUUCCAAAAGUCCAGUAUGGAUGCGAGAAGAAGAAAAACCACCAGACAUAGAGCUGCUGAAGGAGGGACAGAGUGGACAGUCUGGAGAAGAGGUGAAACUACGUGAUGAAGUAAUUAAAACAUCUGACAUUGAAAAUCCUAGGACAUCUUCAAAUCCAUGUGAAUCUGGUUCUCAUGACACAGCCACUGACAGCAGUAGUGAUACUGAACAAGAAUUUGUUUCUUCUGUCCUACCAGGAAGUCAGUCAAGUUCAGCCAGUUUUGCACAGCAAUUGCACAGAAGCAUCAUCCUCAAAAAGAAGCAUGCUCUGAAAGUCUAUUCCAGCCCUAAAACUGAAGACUCAGAUGUGAUAGAAGCCACUGAACGACUGUCUAAUUGUACAUUAGAUGCUCAGGAAGAAAUGCAUUCUGGCUCUGUUCAUAAUAAAAUAACUGCACAGCCUUCAAAAAAUACUACUCUAGGGAAAUCAAGUGCUCCAGAAAACUAUGAAAAUACCUGUGGUUCACAGAUAGUUUUUCUAGGUGUGAGCAAAAGAGGCGCAGAACAUCUUAAAAGAACACUAGCUAACUCAAAAGAACAUCAAAAACCUGAACUGAGGCAUCCAGUUAAUUCCAAAGGCAGUUUGUUAGAAGUGCUUAAGAAAACACUUACAGAAUGGAGAACUGAGGAAACUUUAAAAUUUCUCUAUGGCCCAAACUAUACUUCUUUGUGUUCAUCAGAGUGCAUAUCAUCUGCCAACCAGGAGAAUGAAGAACUUGAUGAGGAUGACUUAGAUACAGCUGAUGAUCUUAACACUGUUGCUAUAGGGGAGUCUGAAAACAGUUUGAACUAUUCUUUACCUUUCACAGGCCCAGGUGGAAUAGUUAAGCCUGUGCCUAGCUACGAAAAGUUAAAAGAAGAAACAGAGUUCCUAGAACUCCGAGUAAAAGAGUUCUAUAAAGGAAAGUGCAUCUUGGCUGAAGAGGCGGUGACACAUGCGCAAGCAGAGGAACAUCCAAACAAAGACAAAGAUGAUCAACAGGAAGAUCUCACCUUCCCACUUGUUGAUUCAAAUGCACAAAUGCAGAUUAGAAAGCGAAUCGUCCUUGAAAAACUGAGAAAAGUAUUACCUGCAGUUUUGGGCCCUCUUCAGAUUACUCCAGGUGAUGUUUACACAGAGCUAAAAAACCUUGUCAAAACUUUCCAGUUAACAAACAGAAAUAUUAUUCACAAAAUGCCUGAAUGGACUCUAAUUGCUAUUGUUUUGUUAUCUGUAUUGUCACAAGUUACUCCACUUUUCAAGAAUACUCAGACGAGCCCAAUGUACACACAGUUCCUGACUACGUUGCUGGAAGAACUGCAUUUCAAAAAUGAAGAUCUGGAAAGUUUAACAAGAAUAUUUAGAAAGGACUGCCUACUUGAAUGAAUAAGGUGAUCAUCUUAACAUCUCCUACUAUCUGAAAUAGUGGCACAGAGAACAAAAGAACACCUUCAAUUGUUGGAACUUUUUUUUAGAUGAAAAAUGAAAUUUAGUAUUAAUUGUACUGCUUGUACUUCUGCUUUUUCAUUUCCUUCCUGUAAAUAAGAAUUUUGAAGUCUUGUGGAGAAGUUGACCAUAACAGCAGUUGUUUCAAGGUAUGCAUGAAGACUAGUUAAAAUAUGGGUCAUCUGAAAACUGUCUGUUUAAAAGCAGUAGAAGGGAAUUUGGAUUGGUUUGUUUUUUUCUUGCUUUGGAAAUUUUCAGCCAAAAUUUGU